AUGACUCCCAAAACUCCCUGUCAUAAGGCAUACGCCCUAAAGAGUGGGCAGAAUUGCCAAUACGUGUCGGCGUUGGAUAUCAUGCGUUGCGAUGACAACAGACGCGCCAACACUGGGAAUGCUCUCGCAUUGGGAGCCAAAGCUUUGGGUGUUUUGACGAUUAGGGUGAUGAGUUUGACCGACGAGGAAGACUGCGAUCAACUGCGGGACACAACCACCACAUCCACGACCACCGCCUCCGACCACCAGUCGGUGCCCCCCUUUGAGGGCGUUCUCUCCAAAUGGACGAAUUAUAUCCACGGAUGGCAACAGAGGUUUAUUGUCCUCAAAGACGGAACUCUCACUUAUUACAAGUCGGCCGAAGAGACGGCUUUCGGCUGCAGAGGAGCCGUCACUAUAGUUAAGGCACAGAUCAAGUUGCAUGAGUUCGAUGACUGUCGCUUCGAUGUCGGCGUUUCCGACUGUGUCUGGUAUUUGAGGGCCCAAUCCAUCGAUGAACGCAACCAAUGGGUCGACGCCAUCGAAACCCAUAGGCAAUACAACGAUAGCGCCUAUGGAAGCGAUGGCAGUCUUCGCCGACACGGAUCAGCCGUCUCUUUAGGCUCUGUUAGUAUGACGUCUAUUAAGAGUAACAGAGGAUUGAAGGAGAAGUUGAACGAAAUCGAGACAUUCAGAGAUAUAUUAUGCCAACAGGUCGAAACAUUGCAAACAUAUUUCGAUGUCUGCGCUCAAGGGAUUGGCAUUAAUCACAAACUCAAUGGUUUAAAUGAGUGCGAAGACAGUGAUAUGGAUUUGGGAUACAAUGAUAUUACAAAUCACUUCAUAGAGCGAAGCCUUCUUAUCUCCAGAACCGGUCACUAUAUACUUGUCAUCCGAAGAGAUGUCACAACUCAACACCGAUGA